AUGACCAACGACAUUCUCGAUGUGAUCACUUGUAAAGCGGCGGUCGUACGAGAGCUUGGUGGGCCGGUGACGGUGGAGGAGAUAAAAGUGGAUCCACCAAAAGCUUCAGAAGUCCGGGUCAAGAUGUUAUGUGCGAGCAUUUGUCAUACCGAUAUCCUAUGUUGCAAUGGCGUCCCCGUUCCUUUGUUUCCUCGUAUUCCUGGACAUGAAGGGGUUGGAAUGGUAGAGAGCGUAGGGAUAAACGUGAAAACAGGGGUUAAGCCGGGGGAUAUAGUGAUGCCACUUUAUCUCGGUGAAUGUGGAGAAUGCUUGAACUGUAAAUCGGGAAAGACCAACAUUUGUCAUGCUCACUCGAUUGGCUUGACCGGCCUCAUGCCCGACGGCACUUCCCGGAUGUCCAUGGCUGCAACCGGAGAAACCAUAUACCACCACUUCAGUUGCUCCACAUGGUCGGAGUAUAUGGUCAUUGACAUCAACUACGUACUCAAGAUUGACCCCAAGAUGCCUCUCCCUUACGCCAGUUUCUUGUCAUGUGGCUUCACCACCGGAUUCGGUGCACCUUGGAAGGAGACCCCAAUUCAUAAGGAUUCAUCUGUUGCCGUAUUUGGCCUUGGGGCUGUCGGUCUCGGGGCGAUAAAAGGAGCAGAAAUGCAAGGGGCGUCGAAAAUUAUAGGAGUGGAUAUAAAUGAAACUAAAUCGACCAAAGGAAAGGUGUUUGGGAUGACGGAUUUCAUCAACCCUAAGGACCAUCCAAAUCAAUCGGUCUCCAAUUUAGUGAAAGAUAUUACGGACGGGCUAGGUGUCGACUAUUGUUUCGAGUGCACCGGAGUCCCGUCUUUGUUGAAUGAAGCCAUCGAGGCCUCCAAAAUUGGAUUAGGGACAACUGUGUUAAUAGGCGCUGGGUUAAGCUCGAAUUUGGCAAUUAAAAGCACAACACUAUUCAAUGGUCGAACUCUGAAAGGAUCCCUUUUCGGUGGCGUAAAAACCCGAUCAGAUCUUCCGAUCUUGAUUGAGAAAUGCAUCAAUAAGGAGAUAGAAGUGAAGGAGCUUUUGACACACGAGAUACGAUUGGAGGAUAUACAUGAAGCAUUUGACACACUAAAGAAGCCUGAUUGCCUUAAGAUUCUCAUCAACUUUUGAUUCAAAUGAAUAUUCGAUGUAAUAAUGUGUAUAUUUUACAUAUAAAUAUCGGGUAUUUACUUU